AUGGCUCCAGUAACAACAUCGAAGACAAUGGUGACAGGUGUGAAGAGAAAGUCGGCACCUGCGAAAGACGUUCAUGUGAAGGAGAAUAAAAAAGCGAAAAUUGAUUCGGGGAAAAAGGGAAAGGACUCAAAAUCUAAGCCUGUAAAGAAGGUCGAAUCUGAGAGUGAAGAGGAAUCGGACUCUGAUGAUGGAGGAGCUGCUUUGGACUCUACUUCUGCGGAUAGCGAGGAUGGAGAUACGGAAAUGAAAGACAUAGAAGGCUUACAUCCAGACAGAGUUAAGGCUGUUGCCGCAAACAGUCAAUCAUCGAAAGAGGCACAUGCGAAACAAAAACAAUUGGCAAAUGAGAGAAAGGCGGCAAAACCAUUAGCAGAUCAAUUGGCACGCACGAAGAAGAUUUGGGAACGUUUACGCCGAAAGUCGCAUGUCCCAAAGGAGGAGAGAAAACAAUUAGUCGAGGAACUUUUCGAGCUCAUCACUGGCAGAAUCAAGGACUUUGUUCUUAAGCAUGACAGUGUAAGAGUUGUCCAAACCGCAAUCAAAUAUUCCAACCCAGAGCAAAAACGAUUGAUCGCAAAGGAGCUUGCGGGAACAUAUCGUCAAUUAGCAGAGAGUAGAUACGCCAAGUUCUUGAUUGGAAAACUGUUGGUUCAGGGAGAUGAUCAAAUUAGAGAUCUUAUUGUUCCUGAGUUUUAUGGACAUGUUCGUCGACUUAUCAAGCACCCUGAAGCUGGAUGGAUUCUCGAUGAUAUCUACCGUGGAGUCGCUACCAAGCAACAGAGAGCUAUUAUUCUUCGAGAAUGGUAUGGCGCUGAAUUCGCCGUUAUGGAGAGAGAUACCUCUACAUUCUUGACUGGAGAGCUCUCAGAGAUUUUGGCUGCUGAACCUGGAAAGCGAGCACCUAUCAUGCGAUAUCUACAAGAAAUGAUCAACCAUCUCUUACAGAAGAAAACCAACGGUUUCACUCUCCUUCACGAUGCUAUGUUGCAAUACUUCCUCAAUGCUAAGCCAGGUACUGAGGAGAUCACCGACUUUAUCGAGUUAUUGAAGGGAGAUGAGGAAGGCGAUUUGAUGAAGAACUUGGCAUUCACUAAGUCUGGAGCAAGAGUCGUUUGUCUUGCUUUAGCAUAUGGAGGUGCCAAGGACCGUAAACAUAUCCUCAAGAUGUACAAGGAUACAUUACAAUUGAUGGCAGGAGAUCCAAAUGGACAUAUCGUCAUCCUCACCGCAUACGAAGUCAUUGAUGAUACCGUCUUGACUGCGAAGUCUAUUUUCCCAGAAUUGCUUAGCAAGGACGAAGAGAAGCAAGUCGAAAACAUUGCAUUCUCCGCUAACGACCUCAACGCCCGUACUACACUUCUUUACCUUUUCCAAGGUCGCUCAAAAUCUCUGUUCCCAGCAAGCCAUAACUCCGAUCUCGAAAUACUCGCUGAAGUUGAUACAAUCAAAACUACUACCUCUAAGAAAGAUCCAGAAAUCCGUCGCCAAGAAUUAGUCAAGUCUCUCUCUCCCUACCUCCUCAAGGCUAUCGCCUCUGCAGCUAGAGAACUCAUCGCCACAUCUUUCGGUUGUCAAUUCGUAACUGAGGUUCUCUUUGGCGCCGAAGGUGAUAAAUCAGCAGCUCUUGAAGCACUCGCCGAAGCUGUAUCUGGAGACCCAACAUAUAUUCAACCUCCUGUCGAGGAAGGUGCAAUGAGUACAGAACCUCCUUCCCAUAUCGCAAGCACACCUUUCGGUGGAAAGAUGAUUAAAGCUCUUAUUGCAGGCGGUCGUUAUGACCCAGCUACUAAGUCCGUUGUGCCAAUCGUACCAGCAUUGAACUUUGCGGAUAUCUUAUAUCCCCAUAUUAAGGAGUUCAUUGUCGAAUGGGCCACUGGAUCCAGUUCUUUCGUGGUAGUUGCAUUAUUAGAAUCCGAAUCCUUUGGAAAGAAGGACGAAGUUAAGAAAGUUUUGAUUAAAAACAAAAAGAAGUUGGAGAAAGCGGCAAAGGAAGAGACUGCGGAACAGAAGAGUAAGAGAGAAGAGUUCGAGGCAAAGGAAAAGGACAAGAAGGCCAGUGGAAAGGGUGCUGCAAAGAAGGCAAAGGGUGGAAAGGAAAAGAUGGUGGGUAAUAUGGGCUCGAGUUUGAUCUUGAGCAUGAUCUAG